CGGAAGUAGCAACGGUGUACUCUAGCUAGCAGUCAGUCCUAACAGAUACUUUCGCUGAUCGUUUAGAGGUUUUAAGGUAAACUUUCUGCUAUCCGUGCCCAAUUUCAGUUGUGAGAGGUAGUUUGUGACAUUCCGCUGCUUCCGUCCACCUUCUGUCGCCUCCUCCUCCUUCCGUUCGGACUCUUAACGAAAGUGAAACGCAGCGGCGGGCGGGAUGAAAACGGAUAAGCUGCUUGUUCGGAUGAAUCCAUGAGUAAAUGAAGAAAAAAAAUGCAAAAAGAUGCAAAAAUGCCCAUAUUAUCACUUGAACUACACCAGUAUGGAUCAUCGUAUUGUAAAAACCUUUGCAGAAAAACUUGGGAACUUGUCCAUCUCGGAUUAUCAUGGCCUCAGGAGUCCAGGUCUGACAUGUUUUUUGAACAGUGUGCUGCAGGUGCUUUUCAUGACUGAGAACUUCAGAGAAGCUGUGGAAAGUAAUUGUUCAACAACUCUUGACCAACAUCUGGGAGAGCUGUUCUGUAAUUUAGAGAGAAACGUGGCUGAAACCCACAGCAUCACUAAACACCUGGGAAUCAAAGAUGUGUACGAGCAACGUGAUGCCGCGGAGUACUUUGAGAAGAUCCUCUGUCAGACCAAUGAAAAUGCCUCUAAGGUUUUUAAAGGAGAACUGAUGCAUAAAACCAGUUGCCGCAAGUGCAGACAGACCAACGAUUCCAGAAGCCUCUUUUGGCUUCUUCCCCUCUCAAUGGACGCCUCGAGCAGGAAAAGCUUCAACCUGCAGCAGGGAUUAGAGGAUUUCUUUAAGGAGCAAAAAGUCAGCGAGGAAAACCAGAUGUUCUGCAACAACUGCGACGCAAAGCAGGACGCUGACACGAAAUACGAGAUGACACAAAGUCCAGAUGUUCUGACGCUGCUGCUGAAGAGGUUCACCUUAGACUACAAGCAGAGCCGCUACACAAAGCUGCAGUCCAGCACUGAUGUGGUCCCAACUCUAAACAUUGAGGGCUGCAGGUAUGACCUCUACGCUGUGGUUCAUCACUACGGUGAUCUAACAGGAGGACACUACACUGCAGACAUCAAGUCUUUUGAAACUGGAACCUGGUAUUGCUUCAAUGAUGGCUUUGUUACAGGGGUUGAACAUUAUUUUGAAAAAAUCUCAAUAAGCACGUCGAGGACGGCUUAUCUCCUCAUGUAUAGAAAGGUGAGAGAACAACCUUCAAAGCCUGAUGUGGACUCUCAGUGUGGACGCACAGGUGUUGAGACAGGAAAUUCUCUUCUCUCUGAGCGUGUGACGUCUGAAAGCUGCAGAAGAGAGGAUUAUCCUCAUAUGAACGGUUAUACACACAGUGAUGACGGUCUCAGGAUGCAGGCAUCGUCUUUGGAAAAGCAGAGUAAAAAAGCAAUCCAGAGAGCAGAACCUAAAUUCAUGAUGGAUCAAAGAUAUGCUGCAGCUGAAGCACACAGACAGCUGCUGGACGAUAAGCUUAAUCCAAACUCCCAAAGGACCAUCGGUUCAUUCUCCGGGACAAACUCUUCAGCUAGGAUGCUUGGUUUGAGACAAAACUCCCCAGUUAAGGGACAAGAGCUGACUGCAACACAGAAUAAUAUAAAGAAGACCAGAACAAACGCAAAUCUGUCUGAUCGCAGCCCUUCAAGAAACAGAAAUAAGCAGAAUAAUGCUGUGAGCCGUCAGAGAGAGGCUGCGGCUGCUGUGAAAAUGACCAAAGAUUCGAGAAACAAGUUCUCAAAAACUCCAAAAGACAAAACUGUCCGUCCACGAGAGACUAUAAAUGUUCACAAGUCUGUGAUCAGGGAGACAAAGCCGUGGAAGUGACUGAGUCCGCAGGAUGACUGUGUUAACUCACUGGUAUUAGUGCUGAUGUUCAAUGUGACUGAUAAACCCAUUUAAUUUUGAAGGGAAGAUGAGAUGAAGAGUAAAAUGCUUCAAUACUGAACUUUAAGAUGUUUUUCUUUCCCAGGAUCCACAGAUUAUCUCUCAUUUAUGUUCUCUCUCCCUUUCUUCACAUUUUUUAUCGCAUGUUUUCACUUUUCUCAUUUUAAUAUUUUUAAUCAUUGUAAUUUAAUUUUUUGUGUUUGCGACUCAGUUUGAAGUGUUAAAAUCACUCUUUCAUUAGUGACAUUACAUUUUUUUGUGAACGUUUAUCAUCAUAAAUGGGAAAAUUUUAACAAUUUUUGAUAAGACAGAAUUUUUAUUUUAUUUAUUUAUUCUUUAUUUAACCAGGAAGGUCUUAUUGAGGUUAUUUUCAAGGCAGUCCUGGCCAAGAGGCAGCAAAAGUUAGUUACAACAGUUUUCAGCUACACAGACAUGUACAAAAUUACUGAAAGCAGUUACAACACAGGGAAUCCGUCUGAUUGCACAAGCUUGGCAUGGUGGGGCAAGCAGAUUUGUCAUAUAAUAGACACAAACCCUAUAAACCUUCCAUAAAAUGUGUUAUCAAGAUGUCUAAAACAUGUAUUUUCAGACUCAAGAGUUUCAAAGUUAUAAUUAGAUGUGAGAUAGAAACAUCAGGUCAUGUAAUCAGAGACACUUUUAGAACGAAUUUGAUGCUUCAAACCUGUUUUAGGUGAUUUUAUUUAAUGGAAUAAGGUCAUGUUUUACCUUGCUGUUUUAUUAUUCACCACCAGAGGGAGCUCCAUCCUCCAGUCAUCUGUAGUUUAUCCUUUUUAAAAUCAUCUCAGCUCAUCAGAUUUAGAUUUUUGAACAUAAAUGAUCAAUUUGAAGCAGAGUUUAAAACACAUGCUCCGUGUUAGACUUCUUGGUUUUAUUGACAUUUUGCAUUCUUCCAGAUCAGAUGCCAAACACUUUGAGUUUAAUUCAAAGAUACUUUAUUAAUCCCAGAGAGAAAUUAGAGUUUCAGUGCGCACAAUGAUUAAUACAAAGUUUGGUCAUUAUUUAUCAGCUUGGUAAAUGAUAAGCAGACAGGAUGAAUGUAGUUGUAGCUGUUUGGGCCACAGCUGUGUUUGAAACGGGAAAAGCAGGACAGCAUAGAUAUAAAAGGGUAAAUGUUAUCAAAUGUUUUUGUUCUUCAGCGCAGGAGCAGCUGCAGACUCUCAAAUUAAAAUGUAACCAGAUCUUGGGUGUGAAAUCCUCCCAGAACACAAGGAUGAAGAUGAAUUAGAUUUCUUCACAAAACAGAUUCUUAUUAGAAAAACCCCUAUUUUUCUGAACUGUAGCUUAGUUUUCAGCAUGUCAUUUUCAUUUAUUUCUCAUUUUCCUUGUUCUUUGUAACCAAAGAUUCCUGAAUAACUUCCAAAAUGAUUAGAGCAGGGGUGUCAAAUAUGCAAGCGGGUUAAAUCCGGCCCGCGAGAUGGUUGUGUAAACUUUAUUUUCAUACUUUACAAUGUAGAGUGAAAAUAAACUUAUCUUUGUGAGCAAGUUUCCUCUGUAAUGAGUAUAAAUAAACCAAAGCUGCGCUCAAGGCCCACACAAGAACUUGAAUCACAUCCUGAAGUUGGCCGCCACUCAGGAUGUGACUUCUGAUAUUGAUGUGCUGGUGAAAGCUAAAAGAUGUAAAGUAAAAUGAGUCAAAUAUACUUUAAGUGAUGCAUGAAACUGAUCUAGCCAUGUGAUCUGUAAGCUCUUUGAAUCACUAAGGAAUGUUUUUUUAUUGAUUGAUUUUUUUCAAAUUUUCAAGUACACUUCAGGUGUUGUACUUGUACUAUUUUGGAUACACUGUCCUCAGGCUCCAGCCUUGUUUUAUACUGAUUGUAUUAAAACAAAGAAAACAAUC